CGAGAGUCCCGUCGGUGCGUGAGCGUGGAAGCGUGCGAGAGCAGCGAGCAGGUAGAAGAACCGGAGAGAAUCCACGCAAACAGCACCGGGAGAACUACGAGUGAGGAGAUCAACUCAUUGCAUCUCUUAUUCCCACCAACAACACCUUUGUGAAAGAUGUGCAAUUUUACUCAGACAUCAUCACAUUAACUAAGGUGGAAGGAUCCUCAAACGGCAUCACUCCUCCUGAUGUCAAAAGAUUCUGACUCCAAGCCUUAUCACUUUGCGGGACUGGAAGACGAAAACGGAGCCUCCAGGUCUACAGAUUCCGUACCUCGGGGAGCAUCAGUGUGCGGUUCCAUGGCACAGUUGUGCCGGAUGAGUGGCUACAGCCAAGGUGAUCCUGACUUAGGCCUACCAUCUGAGGGUAGUGACAGCAGUGGUCAGGACCCUCAUGCUUCACCCCACAACCAUCGCAAGAGCACCCGUUCCCAUGCGCACCCAGAGGAGGACAUGGAGAUGAAGAGCAGUGGAUCAAGUGGGAGUGGAACUGAAUCACAUGGUAAUGAAAGUCACGGCAAUGAGAGUCAUGGCAAUGAAAGUAACGGCCAUGAAUCAGCUGGCAGCUCCAGUGGCCUCAGCAAAGACUCUGCCCUGCUGGAAUCUUCUGGAAGCAACAAAAGUAGUUCAAACUCCCACAGUCCGUCUCCUCCUAGCAGCUCCAACGCUUUCAGCCUGUUGAGCUCAGAGCAGGACAACCCGUCCACCAGCGGCUGCAGUAGUCAGGAGUCCGCCAAAGCCAAGACGCAGAAAGAGGUGCUUAAAACUCUGAAGGAACUGAAGCGUCAUCUACCCGCUGAGAAGAGACAGAAUAACAAGUCCACCACGCUGAACACCCUCAAAUACGCCCUGCGCUGUGUCAAACAAGUGGAAGCCAAUGAGGAGUAUUUCCAGCUGCUGAUGAUCAAUGACAGCCAGCCUUCAGGCCUGGACGUGUCUUCUUACACCAUCGAGGAGAUCGACAGCAUAACAUCUGAAUACACCCUCAAAAACAACGAUAUAUUUGCAGUCGCCGUGUCGCUGAUCACCGGAAGGAUCGUCUACAUCUCCGAUCAGGCUGCCUCCAUCCUCAGCUGCAAACAGGACGUGUUCAACAACGCCAAGUUUGUGGAGUUUCUCACACCGCAGGACGUCAGCGUGUUCUACAGCUUCACCACACCGUACCGUCUGCCCUCAUGGAGCAUGUGCACCGGAGCAGAGUCAUCACCGCCGGACUGCGUCCAGGAGAAGUCUUUCUUCUGUCGGAUCAGUGGGGGUAAAGAGUGUGAGGGCGACCUACACUACUACCCAUUCCGCAUGACGCCCUACCUGAUGAAAGUCCAGGACUCUGUGCAUUCUGAGGACCAGUUCUGCUGCCUCCUCCUGGCUGAGAGGGUUCACUCAGGUUAUGAUGCACCAAGAAUCCCAACAGACAAGCGUAUCUUCACCACCACACACACUCCAAGUUGUGUGUUCCAGGAUAUAGAUGAAAGAGCUGUUCCGCUCCUCGGGUACCUCCCCCAGGACCUGAUCGGCACCCAGGUUCUCCUCCACCUCCAUCCUAAUGACCGACCAGUCAUGCUGGCUAUUCACAGAAAGAUCCUUCAGUACGCGGGGCAGCCGUUUGACCACUCGUCUCUGCGCUUCUGUGCACAAAACGGAGAAUACAUCAUCCUCGACACCAGCUGGUCCAGUUUUGUCAACCCCUGGAGCCGCAAAGUCUCCUUUGUAAUUGGGAGACACAAAGUCAGAAUGGGUCCGGUGAAUGAGGACAUUUUUGUGGCUCCGAUCUCCACUCUAAGUGAGAUGAAGGCGACAGACUCUGACAUCCAGGACAUUACUGAGCAGAUCCGUCAACUCCUGCUCCAGCCGGUUCAUAGCUCAGGGCCCGAUGGCUACUGCAGCCUGAACACCAAUGAACACAUUCUGAGUAUGAGCUCCUCCAGUGAGAGCCUGGACUGCAUCAGGAGCAAGAUGAGACCAGAAGAGCAGGAGGAGGCAGGCUGCAAGUCCAGACCGAGAACAUUUCAGGAAAUCUGUAAAGGAAUUCACCUUCAGAAGAACCAGGAGCAUCAGGUCUCCUUGGCUUCUGCCACCAAACCCCAUAACAAGAGAGGCAGCGGCAUAGACUUGUUUCACAAGAGUCCAGUUGUGGUGCGCCCCAAAGACUCAGCUGUACCUCACAACUGGAGGGAGACGGGGACGGCUGUGGAAGAGAGUCGUUCUUCCAUCCAGGAGGAGCUGACCUUUAAUGAUCAGAGCAUGUACUCGUACCAGCAGAUCAGCUGUCUGGACAGCGUCAUCAGGUAUCUGGAGAGCUGUAAUGUUCCCAACACAAUGAAGAGAAAGUGCCAGUCUUCCUCCAUCACCACGUCCUCCAACUCAGAGGACAAGAAGGGUCCCAACCGCAUGCAGGUGUCAGAAGAACCUCCUUUGUUGAAAGAUCCAACUGCUCUCGCUGUGUUGGACGAUCAAGACAAAAAAUCCAGCGAGGCAGCGACAGCAGUGGUAGGCGCUUCACUGCCACUACCUGUACCCAACAAACCGGAAAGUGUGGUGUCCAUAACCAGCCUGUGUAGCUACAGCAGUACCAUUGUGCAUGUUGGGGACAAGAAACUUCAACCAGAGUCAGAAAUCAUAGAAGAUAUUCCAGGUGCAGGAGAGACGACAGAAUGCAUCCAGAACCCCGCGGCACCUCCUUGUGCUGUUUCACCUCCCAGUCAUGAGAGGGAGCCGUACAAGAAACUGGGGUUGACAAAGCAGGUUUUAGCAGCUCAUACACAGAAGGAGGAACAGGCCUUUCUGCAUCGAUUUAGGGAGUCUCCCAGCUCCACAGGACUCAAAACAAACUGCUCUCAGUAUCUGGAGUGCCAGAAGGAGCAGAUCACCAGCAGAGGUGGUCGAUCCUGCAAACAAGGUGGAUUAGGCGCGGAACCCACAACACGCCGGGGUGUGCGGAACAAGAAGUCUAACAAGAAGUUAAAGCGUGCACGGCAGAUUGAGUCCUCUGACAGCACCGUCUCACAGCACACAGAACAACAGCUGCGGCCACCUUUUCUAAACCACGGCCUUAACCCAACCUCUUGGUCACCAUCGGAAACAUCGCAGUCCACAUUUCCAUUAGUGUACCCCACGCUGAUGCCAGGGUGCCCCCUCCAGGUUUACCCAAGAGCAAAUUCUAUAGGUCAUCGCACUGAACCCACGCCAACGGGCUUAAUGGAUGCCCAUAGCAACCAACCUCCAUCCUGCACACCAUCAAUUCAUCCUACUCCCUACACUGCCCCCAUGGUGGCUCCUAUUGUGGCUCUAGUACUGCCCCACUACGUGUAUCCACCACUGGCACCUGGACUUCAGCCACCGCAGCCCUUAUACCACAUAGAGCCCAGCAGCCUUCCUAUUCCACCACAAUCUUUUGGACAGACUAUUUUCCCUGGCGAGAGCACCUUCAGCGGUCCAGCUCCUUCAAGUGUUCAGACUCAGUUCCACUCACCGAAUGCUUUCCCUCCUCAACCAGGCUUCCAAACUCCUUCUGUGGAUCUCAUUCCAUCUUCGGAAAACCACAAGGCCCCUAUGGAGGGCCAGUCACGCUCCUCAACACCACAGUCUGGAGGAGGUCAAGAAUCCCCACCCCUGUUCCAGUCCAGCUGCAGCUCUCCCCUUAACCUAUUAAAGCUGGAGUUGUCCACUGACAGGCAGGAGGGCAUAUCACUACCUUCUGGAGGACAGGGGACCAAUCUCACUGAAAGAGAUAAAGGAGCAAACAGCAGCCAAGCCAAGGAGAGAGAUCUAAAGCAGCCAGCUCUCAUUCUACUUGGUCUAUCUGGACCCUUGUAUUACCAAUAUUGGGAUAAAGUGUGCUGUAGGUUGAGGGCUUACAACAAAGAGGCAAGCUCACGAGGUGACGGGAGCAACAGUGAUGCCAACUCCUCAUCCAGUGACAUGUUGGACAUUAUCCUACAUGAAGACUCCUGCUCGGGCACUGGCUCCGCCACAUCUGGUUCCAUGGGUUCUGAGUCCAACGGCUGCAGAACCUCAGCUAGCGGGACGUCCAAGAGCAGAACAUCAGGCAGUGGAGCCUCUGGCAGUGGGACAGGGAGUAACAACAGUAGUAAAUACUUCGGUAGUGUGGACUCCUCCCAGAACAGCCAGAAGGUCAAAGGUCACUUGAGCAGCAGUAAGGGGAGGCCUGCGGAGUCGGAGCAGAACCCAAACCUCGUCAAGUACGUACUGCAGGACCCCGUGUGGCUGCUCACCGCCAACACAGAUGACAAGGUCAUGAUGACAUAUCAGCUGCCGUCACGAGACAUUCAGAUGGUGCUCAGAGAGGACAAAGAGAAGCUCCGGCUCCUGCACAAGAACCAGCCACGAUUCACAGACGAGCAGAAGAAGGAGUUGAUCGAAGUCCAUCCCUGGAUUAAGACCGGAGGUCUACCCAAGGUCAUAGAUGUCAAAAUGUGCUUGUGCUGCGAUGACGGCUCGGAAGCCACGUCAGAGGACGAACCGGAGCUGAACGUUGACGACACGGGGACGGGGGAGGUCACCUGCCAGAAGAUGCUGAGGGAGGAGCGCUCACACGCUGCCGGCGCCCCCUCCUCCUGCCGCGGCCCCUCACUGGUCUCGGUCCUCCAGCCACAGACAGUUUACCUGUAAACUUUUUCAGAUUUUCAGAACGACAUCAUUUUAAUGACUAUUUAUAGCGUUGCGUUCUGGAAGGAUAUCAGGGAGGCCUUUGGGUCCACACACCAAA